AUGAUUCAAGUUUCAGAUAGAAUAUCUGUCCUGGACGGAUUCAUUAUAGAUAAAAAUGAACGAAGAAUCAUAUCCACAAGUUCCAAAAUCAUUACCAAGCUUGGCAAAGCUCUGAAGAAGAAUCUUUCAGCAUGCGAUCUUAAAGAUAUCCAUUCCAUUUUCAGCACCACAAAUGUUUGCUUCUACGAUCUUUCUGAGAUCAUGCCACAUAUCACAAUGACAGAAGUAUUCAUAAAAAAAAGUAGUGAUGGGCGUUACCAAACCCAGAGCCGUAAAUUUACCGGCUCCUCCAAGUACCAAGCCACCAUUAUCAGAUUAGCUGGCAAUAAGAACUAUUACUUGAUUCAUCGCAAAGAAAGCGAGUCCAACGUGGCCUACGAUAUCAUGGGAUCCUCCAACGAUACCCAGUUUGUUAAGUCCAAUACAGUUUUAAAACUGUACUUAGGCGAUCCCAUUGUGUCUCAAAAUGAUAAACAAUUGUUAAUCAAGCUUCAAAAUUACGACCUCAAGGAAGAAGCAUCUGAAUUAUUCAUGUUUGGCUACAAACAAACUCAACUCAACUCUUCUAUCAUCACCGAUUCGUCCUUUGGUUUGGGAUUUGAAAAAUUCUACAAAAUCCUUGACCCAAAAACCGUCCGUGCGUACGCGGCCGCGUUCCAGCAAAUCUAUCCCAUUUUUAAGUAUAUAUCCCAAUUCGAAUAUAUUAAGGGUGAUUCAACAUCCAUCUUGGACCCAAAAAAGAAUUUGAAUGAUGCUGAAGAUGUAGGAUCCAGAUUUGAAGCUCUCGCCAAGUUUAUUUUUUCAUUGAUUGAAAAUGAGAAUUACCACUUAUUGUUCAACAAGUUGGUUGUUUUGAUGAUUACCAAGAAAAACUCUGACAUCUCCGAUGCCACUAACAAAAGGUUUGAGUCCACUGACACCAUCUUGAAGCGUCUUGAUGUCCUCAAGCAUGUAAUCAGAUUUGCUUAUGUGAACAGAGAUGUUGCCUCAAAAAUGAAGUACAUUGGCGUUUCUCCAAUUCGUGGCUCCAAUUUUAUUUGGUUGACAGCAUUAUAUACCCUAUUUGUGAAAGAAAAGGCCGCCCAAAGAGUAUUUGAUUGCAUUUUAUUGGAUUCAACCACCGUCAUUGUCGAUGGUAUCACUAUAAAUCAGCAACAGUUAAUUGAUGGCCGUCAAAAAUUGAUGGAUGAUUUUUAUGCUCAUGCGGGUAGAAUCACGAACUUCAUCAACGGGGAUACAAACAUCGACCGCAUCUUUGAAAGCUUUGUCAAGUUAUCGAAGAUUAACCGGAUCAACCACUCCUUUUUGAAUUUGGUUGGAGAUAAAAUCCCCGAUUAUUUGAGAUUUGGCCUAAAAGAAAAUCUCCAAGAUCAUACUUUGAAAUCAAUCAAGGAAAUGUUUAUUUAUCUAACCUCAUUGUUAAUAAACUUAUUUUUCUUAGAAGCUGGAAGUUUCCAGUUCCCCGAGAUUCAAGUAUCCAAAUUUUCUACUGAAGAUAUGUGCUUGAAUUGGGAUAUAACCGAUGAAACAAUUUUCCUCAUAACCAACUACACCAAGAAAAGAGUUCGUUCAGCUAAGCCGAGAUACUUGAGUCAAACCACAACAAAAUUAACAAUUUGGUUACUUCUAUUGCGUCCAGUGUUUAUUGAGAUUCUAAGACUAUAUCCUGAGAGUGAUGAAUUGGAUGAAAAUGGAUUGCCAUUGGUAGAACCGAACGCUUUUGCCAAUAUUUCUGUCGAUGAUGAGAAUGAUGACAUAAUUGAAGUUGCCUCUUCAAGUUUGGUAUCCACUUGUAUCUUCACCACUGGCACAAACUUUAUUUCACAAAACAGAUUUCAUUCUUUGUUCACAAAAGUUUUUUCAUUCGGGAUCAGAGUGGCAAGAAAGGCAUUUAGAUGCUUUAUGAAUAAUCCUGAAAGUGCUGCAUCGGGGAAACUUAUUGAUGCUGUUACCGUAGCUGCUGACCACUCAUCAACCAUCGGUAACGGGUGCAUAGGGUCUGAACGCAGAAGGUCACUCAACGAAGUUGAGUCCUUCUAUGUACAAAAACAAUUGUCGAAAAGCUGGUUAAAAUUUCUUGGUGAUCAAACCACUAUUCAACCGCCAACCCAACAACCAAAUUCAUAUAUCAAUAGUCCGGAUUUGCUAAAGUCCGGGAAAGAAUUAUACGGGCCUGACUUCGAAUUUAGGUCUACAGCACAAGCCCUUUUUAGUAUGGAUAUUGCCAACUCCCAGAAACCCGUAUUUUUAACCGCCCCUUGCGGAUUUGGAAAAACCACAGUUGUCAACAUAGUCCAUAAUAUUGGUACCGCAGAGCAAAUCAAUUUUAUAUUCGGACCUUACUUGAGUUUGCUUGGCCAUUUAAAUCUGAUAUUUAAAAAAACAAUAAUGUGGCCAGACCUUCUUGCAGAUCCAGUUAAUAACAUUCAAGGUGUUCAAAACAUUAUUUGCUCUUUUGAAACCUCCUUUUGA